GGGGAUCAACAUGGGGAGCACCAGCAAGAUGGUUAACUUGUGGAACAGGAGACAGAGUCUCUUUCCCAACUACAAAGUCACCGAUUCAGACAUUCAACGAAGACCCUCGGAGAUUGCUUAUCCACUAGCCAAGGAAAGCUGCGUGAAGACAUGGAACUCCAUGCAGGAUCUGACCCGGGACAUCUACGACAUUUACGCCGAGUAUGAGGACGAAGACGACGACUGUGCUCCGUACGGCUUCGCCAAGCCGGUCUCACCCUCCAAGAAGAACUACGUGAUCAACAUUAAUGUAGGAGGGAAGCCCUACCAGAUAGCCUACAAGAUGGCUGCCAAGUAUCCCAAGACCAGAAUAGGACGACUGGCCACCUACACGGACCACAACAUGAAGCUGGACCUGUGCGAUGACUACAUUGUGACCAACAAUGAGUACUUCUUCGACAGGGACCCAGACGUCUUCCACAGCAUCUUCCAAUUCUACAGGACCGGCGUGCUGUGGAUCAGGGACGAGUUGUGUCCCCGCAACUUCCUGGAGGAGAUCAACUACUGGGGCGUGCGGAUCAAGAACACCCACCGCUGCUGCCGCAUCUCCUUCGAGGAGAGGCAGGACGAUCUGAACGACCAGCUGAAGAUCCAGAGGGAGCUGGAGGCGGAGGUGGAGAUCGAGGAGAACGCGGAGCUCUUUCAUGACAUGUUCAUGGGCCAGCAGCGGCGAGCCAUCUGGAACUUGAUGGAGAAGCCGUUCUCGUCCAUCAAGGCCAAGCUGAUGGCGUUGGCCUCUAGCCUGUUUGUCCUGAUCUCCCUGGUGGCCAUGACGCUCAGCACCGUGGAGGAGAUGCAGUACAGAACUGCCACAGGUCAGCUCAGUGGGAAGACAUACUGGGAAUACGUGGAGUCCAUGUGCAUCGCCUUCUUCACCAUGGAGUACCUGCUCCGUCUAUUUUCCACUCCUGACCUCAAAUCCUUCAGCAGGAGUGUGCUCAACACCGUGGACCUGAUCGCCAUCCUGCCUCAGUAUGUGCAGGGCAUCCUGGAGGUCUUUGACAACGAGGAGAACUUCAUGAAGCACGAGGCCGACAUGCAGGCGGUGGGGCAGGUGGGGAAGCUGGGCCAAGUGCUGCGGAUCAUGAGACUGAUGCGAAUCUUUCGUAUCUUGAAGCUGGCGCGACACUCCACUGGUCUGCGGGCGUUUGGCUUCACUCUGCGUCAGUGCUACCAACAAGUGGGCUGCCUCUUCCUCUUCAUUGCCAUGGGCAUCUUCAGCUUCUCCGCCAUGGUUUACACCGUGGAGCACGACAUGCCGCAAACAAACUUCACCAGCAUUCCUGCAGCUUGGUGGUGGGCAUCUGUCAGCAUCUCCACCGUGGGCUACGGAGACGUCUACCCGGAGACCAUACUGGGACGCCUCUUCGCUUUCAUCUGCAUCGCUUUCGGGAUCAUCCUCAACGGUCUGCCCAUAUCCAUCCUCUUCAACAAGUUCUCAGACUAUUACUCCAAACUCAAGUCCAACCAGUACACGGCGUCCACGAAGAAACGCGGGAAGCUGAGAUUCGCCAACAGGACCUUAAAGCAGCUCAACCACUGCUUCGGGACCAACAGCUGUCCCCCACAUUCACUUCCUACUUCUUAA